AUGGACAAAAUAGGAUUUCGCGAAAUUAAUUGGGUUAGUUUCCGCAAGAUAUUCCAAGACAUCGAUCAUAUUAUAUUCUCACUUCAUCAUGAAGUUUUUUUCAUCAGUUUUUGUUUAAAUUAUUACAACGCAAUGCAUAUCAAUGAAAAUCCUUUUUUUGAUGAUGAACUCCCCCAAACCCCUGUUACUUACGCCCAAGGUUCAAGCAAAAACGAUUAUGGGCCAUCCCCAGUACAAAAUCCUGGUUGUGUCACUGAUUAG